CGCGCCACAAAGGGCCCGCGCGCAGCCGCCGCCGCCGCCGCCGCCGCCGCCGCGCGAGGAGCCAGGAUGGUCCUGGUCCACGUCGGCUAUCUCGUGCUUCCAGUGUUUGGCUCUGUGCGAAACAGAGGUGCCCCUUUUCAAAGGUCUCAGCAUCCUCACGCUACCUCCUGCCGUCACUUCCACCUGGGCCCCCCGCAGCCGCAGCAGCUGGCGCCCGACUUCCCCCUGGCCCACCCCGUGCAGUCGCAGCCGGGCCUCAGCGCCCACAUGGCCCCGGCCCACCAGCACAGCGGCACCCUGCACCAGUCGCUGACUCCGCUGCCCACCCUGCAGUUCCAGGACGUCACAGGUCCCUCCUUCCUACCUCAGGCCCUGCACCAGCAAUACCUCCUGCAGCAGCAGCUCCUGGAAGCCCAGCACCGCAGGCUCGUCUCGCACCCGAGGCGGAGUCAGGAGCGUGUGUCUGUCCAUCCCCACCGCCUCCACCCCAGCUUCGACUUCAGCCACCAACUCCAGACGCCUCAGCCCAGGUAUUUGGCUGAGGGCACUGACUGGGAUCUCAGUGUGGACGCCGGCUUGAGCCCUGCCCAGUUCCAGGUGCGGCCCAUCCCUCAGCACUAUCAGCAUUACCUAGCGACUCCUCGAAUGCACCACUUUCCCAGAAACUCCUCCUCCACGCAGAUGGUUGUCCAUGAAAUCCGAAACUACCCUUACCCUCAGCUUCACUUCCUUGCUCUCCAGGGACUAAACCCCAGCAGACACACCUCCGCAGUGCGGGAGAGCUAUGAGGAGCUGCUGCAGCUUGAGGACAGGUUGGGAAAUGUGACUCGGGGAGCUGUACAGAACACCAUUGAGAGGUUCACCUUCCCCCACAAAUACAAGAAGCGAAGACCCCAGGAUAGCAAGGGCAAGAAGGAAGAGGGGGAGGAGUCAGACACAGAUGAGAAAUGCACAAUUUGUCUGUCUAUGCUGGAAGAUGGAGAAGAUGUGAGGCGCCUACCCUGUAUGCAUCUUUUCCAUCAACUGUGUGUGGACCAGUGGCUCGCCAUGAGCAAGAAAUGUCCCAUCUGCCGAGUGGACAUUGAGACACAACUGGGAGCCGACAGCUGAGGGAGGAAUUAGCCAGUGGACGCCCCAUUUUCCUUCACCAGGUCCUCCCCACGGCCAUAGCCCUUGCAGCCAAACUUUGCCUUCUGAGCCAUUUGAUGUAGAGGAAAAGCCUGCAAGCACAUUUUGUGGAAAGAGGAGUUGGCGGUAUCCGUGUCUGAGGGAAAGGAGGGGUGGGGGGAGGACCCCCCCCAUCCAGAAUGGUGACUGUCCCCAUCCACCUCGCUGCGCGGGAGGGAGCUGGCCGUGCCCGGAGCAGGGGUGGGAAGGGGGGGCCCACGCUGCUGAGAAUCUGGACGGGAACUGGAAGGUCCUAGCUGACAGACAGGCCCCUCAAUCCUGUCCUUGGAAGGAUUGUAUAUAUACCUCUCGACCACGUAGAAACCAUGUAGGGGUCUCUAGCUAUUUCUGUGGAUGGCAGCCGGAGCAUGUUAGCUUAAGAAAAAUGUCGUGUGUGGUGCUCUAGUCAUCUGUGGUGGACAUGUCGCUGUUACGAAUUCGCACCAAAUAUUUCUCAUUGAGUUCCUUGUUUUGGUGCCUGACUGAACCAACAAACAACAGCCCAAAUCUUCCCGUCUUUAUGAGAAAAAAGGAGAAAAGAAUCAAAAGUGGAAAAAAAAAAAAAAGCCAA